UUGUCAGCAGCUCCUAGGCAGAAUUGUUGGCAUGAGCUCCUUCCUUCCACCCUCACCACCUUCUUGCUCAUCAUCUCUUCUCCUUUGCAGUGGAAGAAGCAUUGGUUUGUGUUGACAGAUUCAAGCCUCAAGUAUUACAGAGACUCCACUGCAGAGGAGGCAGAUGAACUGGAUGGUGAGAUUGACCUGCGCUCCUGCACAGAUGUCACUGAGUAUGCUGUGCAGCGAAACUAUGGCUUCCAGAUCCACACAAAGGAUGCUGUCUAUACCUUGUCAGCCAUGACCUCAGGCAUUCGGCGGAACUGGAUUGAGGCUCUGAGGAAGACUGUGCGUCCAGCUUCAGCCCCAGAUGUCACCAAGCUCUCGGACUGCAAUAAAGAGAACACACUGCACAGCUACAGUACCCAAAAGGGCUCACUGAAGGUGGGGGAACAGCGAGCAGGCUCCGAGGUCAUCAGCCGGGGUGGUUCUCGCAAGGUGGAUGGGCCACGGCAGUCCCUGGACUAUGUGGAGCUCUCCCCGUUGACUCAGAGCUCCCCACAGCGGGCCCGCAUCCCGGUCCGCACUCCUGACCGUCCUGCCAAGCAGGAGGAGCUGGAGCGGGACCUGGCCCAGCGCUCUGAGGAGAGGCGCAAGUGGUUCGAGGCCACAGACAGCAGGGCCCCAGAGACACCUACUGGAGAAGGGCCACGCCGGAGCCUGGGCGCCCCCCUGACUGAGGAUCAGCAGAGCCGGCUCAGUGAGGAGAUCGAGAAGAAGUGGCAAGAGCUGGAGAAGCUGCCCCUGCGGGAGAGCAAGCGGGUACCACUCAACGCCCUGCUCAACCAAAGCUACGGGGAGCGCCGGGGGUCCCCGAGUGACAGCCACGAGGCCCUGGAGAAGGAGGUCCAGUCUCUUCGUGCCCAGCUAGAGGCAUGGCGUCUUCGAGGGGAAGCUCCUCAGAAUGUAUCCAGACCCCAGGAGGAUAGUCACAUCCCUCCAGGCUACAUCUCACAGGAGGCCUGUGAGCGCAGCCUGGCAGAGAUGGAGUCCUCGCAUCAGCAGGUGAUGGAGCAGCUGCAGCAGCACCACGAGCGCGAGCUGCAAAGGCUGCAGCAGGAGAAGGAGUGGCUGCUGGCGGAGGAGACUGCAGCCACAGCCUCGGCCAUUGAAGCCAUGAAGAAGGCCUACCAGGAAGAGCUGAGCCGCGAGCUGAGCAAAACACGGAGUCUCCAGCAGGGCCCAGAUGGCCUUCAGAAGCAGCACCAGUCAGACAUGGAGGCUCUGAAGCGGGAGCUGCAAGUGCUGUCAGAGCAGUACUCCCAGAAGUGCCUGGAGAUUGGCGCCCUGACACAGCAGGCCGAGGAGCGUGAGCACACUCUGCGUCGCUGCCAGCAGGAGGGCCAGGAGCUGCUGCGCCACAACCAGGAGCUGCACGCCCGCCUGUCAGAGGAGAUCGACCGGCUACGCAGCUUCAUCGCCUCUCAGGGCAACAGCUGUGGGCGCAGCAAUGAGCGGAGCUCCUGUGAGCUGGAAGUGUUGCUGAGAGUGAAGGAGAACGAGCUUCAGUACCUGAAGAAGGAAGUGCAGUGCCUCCGAGAUGAGCUCCAGGUGAUGCAGAAGGACAAGCGCUUCACCUCUGUAAAGUACCAGGAUGUGUACGUUGAGCUGAACCACAUCAAGACGCGGUCAGAGCGCGAGAUUGAGCAGCUGAAGGAGCACCUGCGCCUUGCCAUGGCCGCCCUGCAGGAGAAGGAGUCCAUGCGCAAUAGUCUGGCCGAGUAGAGGUUAUCGGGUCUAGACCAGCUGCAGACCCUCCAGCCUCAUGGACCAGUCACCCUCCUUCCCUGAUGGGUAGAAGACAGAAGCCAAGCUUUCUCCUUACCCUGUGGGCCACACGUGCACUUGUACCCAUUACACACACACACACACACACACACACACCACACACACACAUAUACACACUGCGUAUCUGAGCGCGCCCCUCGCACUGGGUCUUAACUUGCACCUUCUUCAGGAUUUUAUAUGUGAAGAGAUUUUUAUAUAGUUUUUUUUUCCUUUUUUUUUCUCUAAAACACUUUAUACUUUUUAAAAAAGCAGUUCCUGGUGGCGUGUGCUUCCAGGACUGGCUCCUCUCCCUCUCCAGCCCCCUGCUUGGGCUUCUGGGCCUCAGCCUUCUCCUGAGGGUCCCUUGAGGCCCCCCAGGAACCACGACAGGUUGACGGGGAGAGAGACACAAGUAGCAGCCCCCUCUUCCUGCCCUACCUCCUACUAACUCCUGCCCUGGGUGGGCCCGCACCUUGGGAUCUGGACAGAGGGAUGAUUGGACAGAGGGAGCCAGCAGCUGUCCCUACAGCCCUACCCACUCUGAGGAGUCCUGGGCAUGGAACUGCUGGCGCCACCAGUGAAGACACUUCUCUCCUGCUCCAUGAACCCUCUUAACUUAAUAAAACCUUCCAGCAGCUCUGGUGUCCUGGAUGGCCAUACAGGCUGGGAGGUAGGGACUAGGGUUUCUUAAAGUGGCUCUCCCACCCAUCCACCAGCACCCCACCCUUCCUGAAGUGGGGAUGUGGGUGUCUGAGGGUAGAGCUGCAAAUCCAGUUCCUGCAACAGCAGCAGCAGCAGGAAGCAUGUCAGAAGUACCCAGCCAGCCCUGCCCUGACCUUCUGAGUCAGAAUCUGUACUAUAGCGUGGUCCCCACAAGUUACAGACAGCUUAUGAUCGGAAAAACCCUGCAGUUGUAAAGAGGGCUGGAGCUGAAACUGCCCCUGAUUGACUUUGGGCAAGUCACAGCCUCAAUAUGCUUCUUGGGCAAAUGGGUGACUUUUAGUCCUGGUACUAGAUUGAGGCUAUGUCCAGAGGCCAUGCCCAGCCCUCAGUGUGGGGUUAGAGAGGACAGUGGAUCAGGACAGGUGUCAUGGCUGGCUGUGAUGGUCAUGCUCGCAUGUGGGGCUGGAAGGAGGCCCUGUUUCUCAGCCACAGAAACCACAUUGGGUUCAUUUCCAGAAGGUUAUAAGAACCCAGAGGAGACCCCCAGGAGCCUGCAGCUACUUUAAGCCAAUGACAUGCAAGGGAAGUCCUCGGUAGGGGCGGAGAAAUCAUCCUGAAAGAUCUUUUCUGCUCUCUAUUCUUGGUCAGGCCAUGAGAUGAACCCAGGGCCUGUUGGAUGUUAGGCAAGCACCUCACCAUUGAACUACACUUGUGAUGCAGGGCUUGUCUUAGGAGAUGACGAACAUCACUAAGCCACGUGAUGUCUGUGACUGGCUGGCCUGCCAUCCACAUAGUUGAGUCCUGAGCUCGUCCUCAACCAUCCUCCCAGAAAGUCCUUUCUCCUGCCCUCAACUUCCACCACUGGUGAGCAGAAAAAUAACCAGGCCACCAUGGGAAGAUGGCCCACAUGAUAAGUCACCAGCACGCCACACCUUUUAUCUAGAAACAAAGGCUUCUAGAUAAAAGGACAGACAAUACCGAAUGCUGGCAAGGACACAGAGCACUGGAUUCUUGGCUGGCGUGGCAGCCAUUUCAGGCAACUGGCAGUUUCUCACCAAGUGGAACAUAAUCCGCUCUGGCUAGGCGCACAUGUGCUGCAGAUGCACCCAGGGGAAGUGAGAGUUAAAUCCAUUGCGUGGCUGGCGGUGGUACUCCUGUCAGCCUUACUCAAAGCAGCCCGAGUCCAGGAACAGUACAGUUGUCCGUCAGCAGAGUAAAUUGUGUAUAUUUAUAUAUUACAAAACUGUGGCAAUAAAAAAUUAGUUAUGUUCAAAAACAUUCAUGAAUCUUCCAGACAUACUGUUAAGCAAAAGAAGCCACAGAGGGGAUCUGCUAUAGGAUUCCAUUUACCUGAAGUUCAUGACAGACAGAAUGCACUAUGGUGACAGUCCUCAGAACACUGGACGCCUGGGAGCUGGGUGGUGGGGAUUGCCUGGCAGUGGACACAAGGGGACUUUCUGGGGCCAAAGUGCCUCGAUCUGUUACAAGCACAUGGGGAAAGUAUCAUGCUGUACAAAGCUUUGUACAAAUUGUCUUGAUAGGAAAAAAAACUUUGUUGUUGUGGUUCUGGAGUUUGAACUCAUGGCUUCGUGCUUGCUAGGCAGGCACUCUACCACUUGAGCCAUUCCACCAGCCCAGAACACCUGCUUUUAAAAAGAAGCCAGGAGCAGGAGGUACAACUCAUGGCAGACCAUUUGCUGGCAUGCACAAGGCCCUGGAUUCGAUCCUCAGCACCACCAAAAAAAAAGAAAUCUAGAUAUUCUCCAGAGGAUCUCAAGUUUGAGGCCAAUCUGGGCUAGAUAGCAAGACCCUGUCAAAAAAGAAAAAAGUGUUCCGACAGGUACACAGGUGAGCCCCUUGGGCAGGGCCCAGCCACCUCAGUCAUGCAGGGCAUUUGGCCAGACCCCAUGGCUUACCAGCAAGGCUGGUCACCACCUUAGGCCGCCAGGCACUUGCUGUGGAAAGUUUGGACAAACCUGCUGGGUUCACACCCCACCUACUGCUGGCAGGUUCCAUGAGCCCCACUGAGUGACACCUGGCCUGGGCUUUAUUUCCCCAUCUGUUAAAUGGAGACAAUAAUGGCCACCCAGGGGAUGUGUGCACUUUAAAUCACCAACUGUUUGCAUUACCUAUUGCUGGGUGACCGACUACCACAAACUUGAUGGCUUAGAGUACCAUUUUUGUUAUCACCGCUGCAUGGGCCAUGGCCAGGUGGACAAUUCUCUGGGGUCCUUUUUGUAGCUGCAGUCAAACGGUGGCUGGGACCAAAGUCAUCUGAAGUCUCCUUCACUCAUAGGUGUGGUGCCUUGGCGGGACUCUUUUCUCUGUUUCUCCACGUGGCCUCUUCCUGGGGGACCUCACAACAUGGUGGUCUUAGGACAACCUGUAGUCUAACUUCUGACAUGGCAGUUGACUUCCCUUAGAAAGUUUCACCCAGGUGACAUGUUUGUGCUUGCUUUCUAAGUUAGGCUUGGCAAUGUGACAUCGCUUCCCCCACAUUGGUCAAAACAAGUUACAGAGCCAGCCAGGAUCAAGGGGACUGGACAGCAAUUGGUCCUGAACACAGGGGUUGUCAGCUGGAGUCAUCUUUCUUAGUGUCCUGCUCCUGCUCCACGGGUGCACGUAGGAUUCUCCUCUGUGUAGCCCUCUAAUGCUGCGGUCCCCAGGGUCCAUCUGCAGUGCUCCUGCCUUCACAAUGACCUUGGUAUCUCAUCCUUGGCUUUUGUUAUCAUCUGUGCUAACCACAUCUGCCUCCAGUCCAGACAGACUGGGGCACUUUAGGUGCCAGGGCCCUGGCUCAGGUAAGAGGGCUGUGUGAAGACAGAUUGGAGAGUUGUCAGCAUGUGGGAGCUACUGGAAGGCCUUGGGUCAACCCAGGAGGCAGUGUGUAGCCAGCCAGGGGAGAGAGAAGAGA